AAAAAUUACUGUAAGGUUGUUAAAUCACAACAAUCCAGUCUAGACUAGAUAAAUUGCUGCUCUUGUUUGUGUCAUCAUUAUGGUACGUCUGUUGUAUCUAGCUGUAAUCGGUACAUUACUGCGGCUAUGUAACGGUCAGUGCCCGCUGGUUCCAUUAAAUCCACGUGGUCAGCCGGUAUCCGUUCCAGAUACCAUGGGAUUAUGGUACGAAUACCGAUUUCGUAACGGUCCCGCGGCCACCGACCAAUCGGGCACGAAUGUACGGAUCAACCAGACCAUUUUGGCGAUGUUCCCCACGCAGCCGGCGUCGUACGUGGUGACACGCUGGUACAACUUUUUGGUACAAGAUAACCCCACCGAUCCGGUGACGUGCGACGCCAUUGUGCAGCAAGGCAACUGGACCAGCGACGGCCGGCGCCAGGUGCUCAGUGCGGGUGCCGGUGCACCGAUAACCAAUGUGACAUACAUCAACCUUUUUACCGACUACAACCUCCUGCAGAUCCUGUACCGUUGCGAAACCCCCAAUCCCGACGGCCAACAUUGUGAUCAGCCGUUUAUGUGGAUCAACACCCGCAUCCAACCGCCACUGCUGUCUGACUGCCAGAAAGCGUAUAUCCAGAACAUGGUUAAUUUUUAUUUGGCGGAUAUCUGUCGGGGCUUCAACGACACCAGCGCCACCGAGUGGAAUAUGGCACUUACGUUACCGUGUAAUGUCGCUCAAGGAACACCGCCCCUGCCGGCCGAUUUCGCGGCCACCUUACCGCAAAACAUCGCUGUUGUCGGUUAA